AUGGCCAGCUCAAUAUCAGUCGCAGUGCGGGUGAGACCGUUGACUGAGAAGGAGAAGAACCAGUUGAUUCCUACCCAAUCAUCAUCCUCGGGAAUCUUCAGCGAUGGAUGUCUGACCUCGGCUUCAAACAACCAAUCGAGUUCGAUAUCGGCGCAUAAAUCGUUGAGAUCGAUCGUCAAAGUGCUCGACGACCGGGUGCUGAUCUUCGACCCUGCAGAGUCGAACCCGAUCCAACAGGCCCAACGCCAGAUCCUUGCGCGCUUCUCCUCCAAACCGUCCCCCUCUCCAUCCAACACUCUCAACCAUCAUUCCAAGAAAGUCAAGGACAUGCGCUUCUGUUUCGACCGGGUCUUCAACGAGAACGCCUCCCAGGAGGACGUCUAUCAUGGCGCGGCUAAGGACCUCAUCGACGGCGUCCUCGGCGGAUUCAAUGCCACCGUCUUCGCCUAUGGCGCAACCGGGUGCGGCAAAACUCAUACUAUCACCGGAACCCCUGAAGCCCCUGGAAUCGUCUAUCUGUUGAUGAAGGAUCUGUUUGGGAGGAUCGCUGACCAAGAAGAGGAUACCACUACCGAAAUCUCAAUUUCUUACCUGGAAAUUUACAACGAGACGAUCCGAGAUCUACUCAAUCCCAACGCGCCAAUCCUGAACCUACGGGAGGCCAACUCGUCGGUUUCUGUGCCGGGCCUUUCGACUCUAACACCGACGAGUGCCUCGGACGUGAUCACGGUGAUUUCCUCGGGCAACUCGCAUCGGACGGUGCAUGGGACGGAAGCCAAUGCGGUAUCGUCGCGUUCACAUGCGGUGAUGAGUGUCAACAUUCGACGGAAACCUAAGACUGCAGGCUUGAUAGAUGAUUGGACGGUAGCCACCCUCAGCGUGAUCGAUCUGGCGGGCUCAGAACGCGCCUCGGUCACUAAGAAUAAGGGCGAAAGAUUGCUAGAGGGCGCUAACAUCAACAAAUCGCUCCUCGCCCUCGGUAACUGUAUUAAUGCUCUCUGCGACCCUAAGGGUCGCGGUAAUCAUGUGCCUUAUCGAAACUCAAAGCUGACUCGAUUGCUCAAGCAUUCACUCGGAGGAAACUGUCGAACAUUGAUGAUCGUAUGUGUGGCUCCCACCUCGGCACACUAUGACGAAACCCACAACACAUUACAGUACGCCAAUCGGGCCAAGGAGAUCAAGACCAAAGUGACCCGGAACAUCAUCUCUGUCGACCGACACGUCAGUCAGUACGUCCAGGUGAUCUUCCAGCUGCGACAAGAACUCGAAGAGCGGAAGAAGAACGAGGCCGUCAAGGAGGACCGACUGCGGAAGGAGAUCAGUCACGAGUCAAUGUUCUCGGCGGAUCAGUCGUCAAUCCUACUGGAUCUGCCCUCACACUCGACGGAGAAGAUCCUCUCGACUGCAAUCCUGGAGGGGAAGCCCUCGGCCAGCUCGCCGGAGAAGCCGACGGUCGAAACCCGAGCGAACGAGUCUUCCUCCUCGACCGGCGGCGGCCGGAGUAAUCGGAUGAAGGCCGGCUAUCUCUCCCGCAACAAUAAGGCUGGCAAGAGUGGCCGGACGAUGAUGGUCAGCACGCUGGACAGUCUGGGCGAGGAAGAGGAAGAGGAAGAAGGCGAGGAGGGUGACUUGACGGUGAAGGCUGCAGGCGAAAACAAGCCGAUGACCGCGCAACGCGUCACAUUGCCGUCCUCGUUCAGCUUCAGCGGGUUCACUCUGCCGCCCUCGAAUCUGAGCAAUUAUCCGAUGGCCGAAGACGCCCCGCCGACUCGGCGGACGACCCUUUCUAGUACAAACACCAACUCUAACACCGGCAACACUGACAGCCAAGCUGGAUCGACGAAGAGUGUGGCCAGGGCCGGGCGGCGAGACUCGGCGGUGGGGCCGAUCCGACAUUCCAAGCCAACGGCGGCGCUGCGUCGUCGCUCGCUCAACAUAUACCAUCGCGAGCCGAGUGUUUCGGGGGAGCGGAGUCGGGCACCGGCGGGGCUCGGCUCGACCGGCUCGAGCACCGGGUCGAUUUCAUCGACGAUUACGACGACGAACACCAAGAACGAGUUCCCGCGGAGGGCCAGUCGGGUCCCCCUGAUCAACUCCUCCCUCAUCCUCUCCUCCUCGCUCUCCGGAUCUGGGACCUCUUCCGGCCCCGGUCGAUCCCCCAGAAAGGCUGCCGCCCGAUCCCUCUUAGGCUCUGCUGCCUCCUCCACCCUCCCCCCCGCUAGUAACACCCGCACCCGUCUCGCCGCGCGUCGCUCAAUGGCUACUCUCCAAUCCGCCAAACCUUCUUUGUCUUCUUCUCAUCUACUUCAUCACGAUCAUACCGGCUUAUCUUCUUCUUCUUCUACUACUACCAAUAAUAAUCCUUCUGGUAAUGGUAGUAAUAGUAUCAGACCUCGCAGGAUCUCGCUCUUGCCCACGCCGAUCAACAACCCCAACUUCUCGUUCUCCUCCUCCUCUUCUUCGGCUAAUAAUUCUCAGAUCCAUCAUCCCCCGGAUGGUGCGGGGGCUAACGGGUCGAUCUGUUUGCCAAAUAAGAAAGACCUCUUCGGCGGCCCUAGUCUCUCGUCUUCUUCCACUACUGGGGCUGCUGGAAAUGGCUCAGCUUCUUCUAAUCACUCUUCUCAUCAUGUCUGGAGAUAG